AUGUCUCUGUCAACAAAGAUCAAAAGACUGAACGCCCAGUGGUCGUUCGACUGCUUACCUGGACGGGAACUAGGCAAAGGAAGCGUUGCCGAUGUCUAUCUAGGGACCAACCACUGCACCCAGGAGAAAGUCGCCAUCAAAAAGCAACGGAUCCCCUGGUCAUCUAGUGCUAAAGGCAACACACUGAACCACGAAUACAGUGUUUUCCAAGAGCUGGGCCGCGGUGAAGGUAUCCCGAUUGUCCAUGACUACUGCCGUGAAAGAUACAGAUACAGAGGUGAGAAUAGAUAUCGAUGCUAUUUGAUUAUGGAGCAGCUGGGCCCAAGUCUCUACAAGACCAUGCACCAUAGAUUGGGAAGACCUCGACUGGCGAGCAGCGGACUUUUCUUCUCCCUGGAGGAGGUUGUGAGCAUUGGAGAUCAGAUGAUCUGUGCGCUGCAACUUAUACACAACAGGAACUUUAUACAUCGGGAUGUUCAACCUGGAAAUAUUGUGUAUGAUCGGUUUCGAGAGCGAGUGCUGCUGAUCGAUUUUUCCGUUGCUGAAAGGUAUCGGGGCACCACGGCCCACAGGCAUGCGCCCUGGCAAGCCACUCAAAUGGUAGGAUCGCCUGUUUUCGCCAGUCUGAACAGUCAUCGUGGUCAUUCAGUGUCGCGGCGCGACGAUAUGGAGUCUCUUGGUUAUGUCCUGGUGUAUCUUGUUCGUGGACAACUCCCCUGGCAACACCUCCCUGCCGAGACCAAAGAUCUGAUGUUUGCGAAGAAAUCCGCUAUCACGACCAAGGAGCUUUGCGGUGGAUUGGAACCUCUGUGCAAAUUCCUUCGCUCGGUGAAACGGCUUGGGUUCGGCCAAGAGCCCGAUUACGACGGCUUGCGCCGGGUGUUACGUGCUCUUGUCGUGUGA